AAACCCUGGGACAGAAACAUGACCGCAGGACAGACCGCGGCUCACUCUUGGCCAGAUACGUGGCCAAGCGGACAGACAGACAAACGGACCGACAGCUGAGUAACAGAAGAUGAUCUCGUUCCUAAUGCUGCUGGCCCUCACGUUGGCCCAGCCAGUGGCCCCAGAGUCUCACUGGUGCUAUCCAUCUCAGGCUGCUAAAAUAACAUGUUUAGAACCAAGCAACUGGCCUGGGUACUGCCAUGGCAGUCGACAAUCCCCGAUUAACAUUAUCACUGAAAAAACCAUUCUAAACUCUUCACUGGUCCCUUUCACAUUCACCAACUAUGACGAGAAGAAGUCAAGGAUCAUCAGAAACAAUGGGCACACAGUGGAAGUGGAGCUUGAUGACUCAAUCAAGAUCUCUGGAGGUGGCCUGCAGGACACUUACAAGGCAGUUGCAUUCCAUAUGCACUGGUCGGACUUUGUGGAUGAGGGCUCUGAACACACUGUCGAUGGGAAGUCUUAUGCCAUGGAGCUGCACAUUGUCCAUAUCAAAGAAAAGUUUCAAAGUUUGUCAGAAGCGCUCAGUGGGAGUGACAAUGAUGAAAUCGCUGUGCUGGGAUUCCUGAUAAAGGCUUCACCUCAAAACAAUUCUGGCUUCGUCAAUCUGGUAGAGAACCUGAACGACGUCAAAUUCCAGUAUUAUGAUUCCACCCUAAAACAAUUCAGCCUUUUUGACCUUAUCCCAGAAGCUGAUAAGUUAAAAGGUUACUAUCGAUACUGGGGUUCCCUCACUACUCCACAAUGCGAAGAGAAGGUCGUCUGGACUGUGUUUCAUGAACGUAUCCCUCUCCAUAGUAGUCAGAUCUUCGAAUUCUCCACUAGCCUGUACUAUAAUUCGGAGGAGGAGAUGGAAGCUACAAUGAUGCCCAUGAUAGACAACUACCGGAAAACACAGCCACUAGGGGACCGCCAGGUCUUUACCUCCGGGGUAGGAAUAUUAUUGCCCCAAGCCUGGCCCAUGCUUCUGGCCCCUCUGCUGACCUACCUCCUGACUCUCUUCCUCUACUGAGAGGCCCUGGACUUGGGACCUCUGAUCCCUGGACAUUUGAUCUGCUGGACUCUGGGUUUUCACAAAUAUACUGUAUAGGUGUGUAUAUUUUUUAGAUAAAUGUUUCCACAGCACCUUA